AUGAGAAAGGAGGUUAAACGGAAGGGGAAAAAAAAGGUGAAAGGGGUUCGAAGGAAGAGGUCUGUGUUACCACCAAGUGAUAUUGAUUCAGAUAGUGGUUACGAGGAUUGCUAUGUUGAGUGUAGAGAUGCACCAGGUCAUAGAGAGAGUUAUUAUGAAGAUGCUGAUGAGAAUGGUGGUGGAAGUGGUAUUGUGCAAGGUAGAAGGGAAGGUGAAAGUGAAGGCGACGAUUCAUAUCAUUCUGAAGUGCUGAAGUCUCCAAUAAGUACAGAUUCUGAUAGUGACGGUACUAAAAAGACCAUUUUCCCUCAGUUCAAUGAAGGUGCAUCAUUUGGUGAAGUUGUUUUGGAAGUGGGUAUGGAAUUUGCAUCAUUGGCUAUUUUUAAAGAAGCUGUUAGGGACUACACAAUCUGGAAAGGAAAAGAUAUACGUUGGGUAAAAGAUGAGUCAUACAGAGCGAGGGCUAAGUGCAAGCAGGAUGUUAAAGGAUGUCAGUGGGAAAUAUACUACUGCAGGAAUGAUCGAAGAAAAAGCUUUCAGAUUAAGACAUACCAUGAACGCCAUACUUGUAGUAGGGAUUCUUACAUAUCGGCAGCAAAUAGAAAAUGGGUGGUUAAGAUGCUAGUGGGUAAAGUUAGAGUUCAGCCAACUAUUUCACAUAAAGAGGUAUAUGAUUACUUCAAGCUGGCUUUUAAUGUGAUUCUUUCUGACUCAAAAAUAACAAGGUCAUUAAGGGAAGCUAGAGAAGUUGUUGAAGGUUCUGAAAAAGAACAAUAUGGUCUAGUUUGGGACUAUGCCAAAGAGUUAGAGAGGAGCAACCCGGAAUCAACAUUAAAGAUAGAUACCAUACCUAGUCCUAAUUCUCCACCCCAGUUUCAGAGGUUCUAUGUUUGUCUUGAUGCAUGCAAGAGGGGUUUUAAAGCUGGUUGCAGACCAUUCAUAGGUUUGGAUGGAUGCUUUUUAAAAGGUUAUUAUGGUGGUCAAUUGUUGUCUGCUGUUGGCCAAGAUGCAAAUAAUCAUAUUUAUGUGAUUGCUUAUGCAAUUGUGGAUAUUGAAAACAAAGAUAAUUGGAAAUGGUUUCUUUCGUUGUUGCAAGAUGACUUGGGUCAACAUACUGAACAUGGUUGGAACUUUAUAUCUGAUAUGCAGAAGAUAUUAUUACUAGUUUUGACUACUUCUGUUAUUACUUGUUUUGAAUAUGUGUAG